CUUCUUUUGCUUCUUCCCUCUCUUUUCCUUCUUGUGUCCUCUCCUGGAUCGUUGGAGCGUGUCCACGAUUCAGUCCCUCGUCUCCCUGCUUGCUCUGGUCUCUCGUUCCCUCUCUUCAUCACUGGAUCUUGAAUGUGCCAAACGGAUUUGAGAAAAGGAGGUGGAGGUGAAGGAGGAGGAAGAAGGGGAGGAGGAGGAGGAGGAGCCCAACAACAACAACAACAGGGAGGCAGAGGGAAUGAACGAACGAAAGAAAGAAAGAAAGAAAGACAGACAGAAAGAACAGGAGGACAGAGAACGAGAAAGACACGGACCGAGAGAAAACCAAGACAGAGGAGAGCCACUAAACAUCACUCGAAAAGUGGGCCUCCCACCACAAAGAGCCAAAUAUCUAGUUCACAACUUGAAUCCGGGUGGCGAGUGAUUUCAUCAACAAUUUGCUACAGGUGACUUCGCUCGUGGACCGAUUAAGGCACCAAUUAGGCCUGGCCAUUUGAGUCACGCCAACCAAUUCAGGACAUCAGAGCGUGCCGUAUAAGACGAAGGCCACGAACCGAACAUUUCCGUGCGGGCGAAACUCCGCCAAUUGUCUCGAAGGCCGAACCGGCCAUCGGCUCCUUUCAAGCUGGAUUGUUUGAAAUUUUUUGUCGCAAUGAAAGAACACUCGUGUAUCACCUCGGCGCCAGCAGAGAAGCACACCAUGCCUCCUUCCAUUGCUCACAUUCGACCCCCGACGGUAGAUAUACAAGACUUCUCUGUCCCCACCGAGGCCACAGAGGUCCAAGGUGAAGACGCGGAUGAGGUGCUGGAGUUUAGCACGCUCAGUCGAAGGAACUCACCUGCUUCCAUUGACAUGAUGGUCACGGAAGAGAGUAAACCUCGCAAACUCAGUCGGGGGAGUAGCAUUAAAUCACUCUUUGGUGGGUCGAAGGCGCCCAAAACCACGCCAAUGACCCUGUCCCCCAAUGGCACCCCCUCAAAGUCAAGCCGUGCAUCACCCAGUGGACAGAAGCAAUUCCUCCAAGUGGGAAACACGUCAUCCAUCUUCCGCCUUCCCAAACCCCAAGUGAAGCUCCUGCGGAAGACGUCAAGUGUCAAACAGUUGUACAACUCGGUCCUUCACGCUCUCAAAACCAUCGCAUCCUCCAGGGAUGAUAUAGUUCCGGAACUGACAAAAACCUUCUUCGAGAAUAUCUUGCGUGCUUCGGACGAUAGCCCCAAACUUGUGGUCACCAAAGUGACUGUCAAGGAUGAGCAAGAGUUUGGCCGUCACUUUUGUGCCGAGGUCCAUGCCGUCGAAGUCUUUGCCAAGAUCAACAACGAGGAUAUCAAAUAUCACUUAAUCGUCAAGUCACAGCCACAAAACGAAGAUGCCCGAAAAUUCCUCCAACCAAGCCACACGUUCGAGAAAGAGGUCCAAAUGUACGGGCAAGUGUUCCAUGACAUGGCCAACUUUGUCAGACGUACCAGUGUGAUCAGCCUAAACUGCAAAGAUAGCGAAGUGAUCGAUAUUCCACGUUGCUACUACACCCGAUGGGCUGGAGACGACGACAACAUGAAAGAGGAUCUCAUCAUUCUGGAGAACUUGUAUCCCAAGGGCUUCUCGUUUGCCGUGAAUCAAGACGACGGCCUUGAUCGACGCCACUCCGAACUGGUGAUAAGGGAGUUGGCCAAGUUCCACGCCAUAUCCUAUUGUAUGAAGCAAGACCAGAAUGAUUUCAUCCUUGAGCAAUACCCCUACUUGGCUGAGGACUCUUUGUAUCGUGAGAGUACCGAAGGUUUCACCAAACGAACCAUUACCCCUGUCAUGGCCAGUUUGGCGGAAUUGCUCAGAAACACGCCCGAGUACCAAGAGCACUACGAGUGGUUCGUGGACUUGGCCAGAAACUUUCACGGGAUCCAAAUGGAGAUGGUGCGACCGAAGAACCGCUUCGCCGUGAUCUGUCAUGGGGAUUUGUGGCUCUCGAAAAUCCUCUUCAAAUACAUCCACGUGUCCGAUAGUCCUGGCGACACUCUUCCAGCUGAAGUCAAAUUUAUAGAUUUCCAAUCAUCAAGAUUUGCCUCUCUAGCCACAGAUCUGGUUCUAUUCCUGUUCACGUGUGUCAAGACUGAAUUGAGGCGAACCAUGUUGGGCGAACUCAUUAGUUUGUACUACACAACCUUCCUCGUGUCAGUCCGCUCAUUGAACAUGUCAGAUGAACUAUUUUCCAUGGAGGAACUUUUCAUCGAAAUAGAAGAGAACAUUAUCUACGGGUUUUUAGAGGGCAUCUGGUACCUGGAUAUCCUUCAUAGCGGCAAUGUUCCAAAAACAGGAUCCUCCAAUGAUGACGAAGGCGAUGACGACGACGGUGAUGACCUAGAUGCACGAUCAGACUUGGACGAUGGUCGUCAAAGAUAUCUGGACUUCUUAGACGAUGGAACACGGAACGAGGAUGAGCAUGAAGCAGCACAGCUCAAAAGAUGGGAAAAGAAGCUGCUACAAAGUGAAACUAAAGAUCAGAGAGACUACAAAGAAGAAUUCUUUGAACUUCUUAACGAGGUUCUGUUCCUUCAAGGGAAAUCCUCAACUCUUCCCACAGAAGAUCGGAAGAGCUUGCGGGACACAAGUAACAGGUUUCAAGGGAGGAAUUCCUUUACCAGCGCAAUCACACCUUCUUCGGAGGGAGGUACCAAGAACUCCCUUUCACCCACUUUGUCCUUGGCUAACUAAAUGGUGGGACCAUUGACAACUUCUGAUCGAAUGCCCCCAAUCACUCACCCAAUCGAAACCUCACCAAGAACA